CCCACUUUUCUGCAGCCUCCUUGCCCUGAACACUCGGCUCAGUCGUCUUCCCACCAUUUCCUCACACCAACACCCUCCUCUAAACCCAACCCCUGACUCUCUCUCCCCACUUAAUUGUUGGCUCAAACUUCGGUGCAUUUUUUUUUCAAACAGGGGGACUCAGGGGUUGCUCUCACUGUUUUCUGGGUUGUGGGGAUCUUAACCUUUACUUCUGUCUUUUUUAUACUUUGACUGGAACAGCAUAUUUUUUUUUUCAGUGGGUAGGGAAGCAUGAAAUUGUAUUGGGUGCUUUUGGGGGUCCUGCUCUCCUUUGGAGGGCUGUCAUGGGGACAGAAGGGCCUGGACAUCCCUGAAUAUGAUGGCAAGGACCGCGUCCACGACCUCACCAUCAAGAACUACAAAAACAUCAUGAAGAAGUAUGAUGUGAUGGUCGUCUACUACCACGAGCAUGUUGGGGACAGUCGUGUUGCCCAGAAACAGUUUGAGAUGGAGGAGCUGGCCUUGGAGCUUGCGGCUCAAGUACUUGAAGACAUCGACGAUGAGGACAUCGGAUUUGGCCUUGUUGAUGAGAAGAAAGACAACGUCCUCGCUAAGAAACUAGAUUUCGACGAAGUGGACAGCAUCUACGUUUUCACGGAAGAUGAAGUGAUCGAGUACGACGGAGAGCUUGCUGCUGACACUCUGGUGGAAUUCAUCUAUGAUGUUCUGGAGGACCCAGUGGAGUACAUUGAGAAUGAGAGGGAACUGAGAGCUUUCGAGGACAUUGAUGAGGAUAUCAAACUGGUGGGCUACUUCAAGAAUGAAAAAUCCGAUCAAUUUGCUGAGUAUGAGGAUGCUGCGGAAGAGUUCCACCCCUUCAUCAAGUUCUUUGCUACAUUUGACGCCAAGGUUGCCAAGAAGCUAGACCUAAAGAUGAAUGAGGUGGAUUUCUAUGAGCCCUUCAUGGAUGAUCCCAUCACCAUCCCUGGAAAACCAUACUCAGAGGAAGAACUUGUUGAGUUCAUCGAAGAUCAUGACAGACCAACCCUGCGCAAAUUACAGCCCCAUAACAUGUAUGAUGUCUGGGAGGACGAUAUCGAUGAUGAACAUAUCAUCGUUUUUGCCGAGGAGUCUGACCCUGAUGGCUUUGAGUUCCUGGAAGUUGUAAAAGAGGUAGCUGAGGACAACACUGACCACCCUCACCUUAGCAUUCUCUGGAUUGACCCUGAUGACUUUCCCCUGCUUGUCCCUUACUGGGAAAAGACCUUCGACAUCGACCUGUCCACCCCACAGAUUGGUGUUGUGGACACUGAUGAUGGUGACAGCGUGUGGAUGGACAUAGACCAUGAAGAUGACUUGCCAACUGUAGAUGAGCUGGAAGACUGGAUUGAGGAUGUACUGGAGGACAAAAUCGAUCCUGAUGAUGAUGACGACGACGAUGAUGACGACGACGAUGAUGAUGACGACGACGAUGACGACGACGACGACGAUGAUGACGACGAUGAUGACGACGAUGAUGACGACGAUGACGACGACGAUGAUGACGACGAUGACGACGACGACGAUGAUGAUGACGAUGAUGACGACGAUGACGACGACGAUGAUGACGACGACGAUGAUGACGACGACGAUGAUGAUGACGACGAUGAUGAUGACGACGAUGAUGACGAUGAUGAUGACGACGAUUAAAUUCUUUGUGCCAUAUUUUAAAUUGUUUAGCGUUGCCUAAACUGGCAUGAAGCUAUCACAUCCUUCAACUUUUACAAAUUCAACCUAUUCCUCGUCUCAUGUUGUCAACCUUUGUUUUGAUAAAAUUUGUCAGCUGUUCUGCCCUUCAUGUUCAAAGUUUUCCCCUGCCAUACAGGCCCCAUCUUACAACUUGCACCAGGGCCACGGUCCGUUCCUUGGAAGGGACCAUUUUUAUUGUUCAUGCAGCCUUUCGCUCAUUCCCCAAACCCUCACUUCAGUAUUGGCACUUUUUUCUCUUUGAAACAGACCCAGUCUAUAUGCAGUAGAUUCCACCCCCACAAAGCCAAAUUUCAUGUAAGGUGAUCCAAGCCAAUAUUAAUACUACAAAUUCAUUAUCAUUACACUAUUAUAUUUAAAUAAAAAAUGUGAUCAUUUUACAUUAUAUGUUAAACUGAUGAAAAUAAUAUUUAAUAGAUAUUAAAACAUAUUUUCCCAUA